UACGGCAGGGGUGCCUUUCUCAACAAAACACCGGUUGUCGGCAGUUGGAAUGACUGUAGUGGAAACGGUUAAUCAGCUGAUUCUUAACGCCCAAAGUAAACUGAAAAUAAAACAGACUUUUCUGCCAGGGGAUGUGCGACUCGACCUGAGAGCUUUUAUUUUUGUUUAGGAUGUACUGACAUGUUUUAUCCAGCUGGACAACAUGGACAAGAUUCUGGAGGGCCUGAUCAGCUCGGACCACUCUGCUCCGGUAAAGAGGGCCAUAGUGAAGAAGGUGGUGGAAGCAGCAGAGAACGAUGUGACGGAGGAGCAGUGUCGAGCGCUGUUCACACUCACCACCCGCCUCAUCCUGCUCGGUGACGACCCUUUCCAGAAGCAGAUUGGCCUGCAGGUCCUGGAGGCCUAUGCCCGCUACCACCGCCCAGAGUUCGAGCUCUUUUUCAGCAAAGACUUUGUGCUCAGUUUGCUCCAGCAGGGCUACGGGGAGCUUAAACACGGAGACCCCGCCAUUGUCGACUACAUCCACUGCUGCCUGCGGCUGCUCAUCAGCUGCCCCUCUGUACUGGACACCUUCAGCGUGAUCAAGGUGGAGGUUUUGAGGAUGGUGUGUGAGCGCCCUGAGCCGGCUCUCUGCGUACGGAUCAGCUCUUUGCUGUCAGACUUUAUGCAGUGCAUCCCGAGGGACAAGUCGGGCAUUUUGUUCUGUCAGCAGCUGGUGAGGACUAUCAGCUGCUUUCAGUGCGUUGCCAGCGAGGAGCGGGAACUAAGAGAGUAUGUGAGCCAGGUGACAAAGGUCAGCACCCUGCUGCAGAACAUCUGGAAGGCUGAGCCUGACACAUUGCUGCUCUCUUUGCAGGAGGUCUUCGCCAUCAUCUCCUCCACAGACCCAUCCUUUGACCCGUCUAUUGCUCUGGCUAGUCUGGUCCAGCAUAUCCCCGUGCAGAUGAUCACUGUGCUCAUCAAGAGUCUCACCACAGACCAGAACGUCAAAGAUGCGACGAUGACCAAAGCUCUCUGCAGAAUGAUCGACUGGUUGUCCUGGCCUCUGGCCCAGCAUGUGGACACCUGGGUCAUCGCUCUGCUCAGGGGCCUGGCUGCAGUUCAGAAGUUCACCAUCCUCAUAGAUGUCACUCUGCUGAAAAUCGAACUGGUCUUUAACCGUCUGUGGUACCCUCUCGUACGGCAGGGUGCGCUAGCCGUGCUCUCCCAUAUGCUGCUGAGCUUCCAGCACUCUCCAGAGGCCUUCCAUUUGAUUGUUCCACAUGUGGUGCCUCUGGUUAAGUCUCUAAACUCAGACGGCCUCCCGACCAGUCAGGCGUUCCUUCUGCAGUUCACCGAGCUGAUCCACUGCAUGAUGUAUCAGUACUCUGGUUUCCCGGACCUCUACGACCACAUAUUGGAAGCCAUAAAGGAGCUUCCAAAACCCUCAGAAGAGAAGAUCAAAUUGGUGUUGAAUCAAAGUGCCUGGACAUCCCAGUCGAAUUCAUUUGCUUCUGGGUUACUGAGGCCAGCUGGGAAGUCUGAGACUGGAAAGACGGGCCUGAUCAACCUGGGGAACACCUGCUACAUGAACAGCAUCAUCCAGACUCUUUUUAUGGCAACUGACUUCAGGAGGCACGUUCUGUCUUUAAAUCUAAACGGCUGCAACACGCUGAUGAAGAAGCUCCAGCUCCUCUUCGCCUUCCUGGCUCACACACAGAGGGCAGCAUACGCUCCCAGAAACUUCUUGGAAGCAUCUCGUCCUCCCUGGUUCAACGUGGGCUCACAGCAGGACUGCUCAGAGUAUCUGAGAUUUCUUCUAGAAAGGUUACAUGAAGAGGAGAAAACGCUUCACGUCCUGCAGUCAGCCAAGCCAAAGGUUGUCUCCUUGGCCAACACCAUAAGCAGAGACCCAACAAGUCCAGCAUCUUCCAAAGAGCCCCAGGACUCUGAUUUGGUCGAGGCAGAGAACCAGUCUGCAGACGAUGGGAGGACUUUAAUAGAACGGAUGUUUGGUGGAAAGCUGAUCACAGGCAUCCGCUGUAUGCAAUGCAACUGCAUCUCUGAGAAAGAAGAGCCUUUUACGGACCUGUCUUUGGCCUUUUGUCCUUCAGCCUCCUCCCAGGGCAGCCCUAAAGCAGAGAGACCUUCAGAGGAGGCCAAGCUGCUCUGUCAGGGAUCUGUCAAUGGUGGCAGUGAAGCCCCAGAAUCAGGCUCAGCCAGCAGCGCAGCUCCUAACAUUCAAUAUGAGCCAGUGAUGACUACUGAGCCCCCUCUCGCAGUGCCGGACCUGGUGAACUAUUUUCUGGCUCCUGAGAUCCUCGACGAAGACAACGCUUACUUUUGUGAGACGUGCAUUUCCCUCCAACGAGCUGAGAGGACUAUGAAAGUAGUCUCUGCACCCAAGUACCUCAUUCUCACAUUGCUGCGGUUCUCUUACGAUGCCAAAAGCCAUAUCCGUAAGAAGAUUCUAGACAGCGUCAUCAUCCCACCAGCUCUGAGACUUCCUGUUUAUGCCGCUUCAACACCUGUGCACUGCUCCUCUACCAACUCAUCUCCCCUGCAAGUUGAUUCUCCUGAGAGCAGCGAGAACCUGGCUAAGAAACUCAAAUCAUCACAAGAAGAGGAAGAGGAGGGAAAAGUGAAGAUGGAUGAGGCUGAGGUGAGCGAAGGUAGUGAAACCUGGGUCCAGUCUGUGCCCUAUAUGCUGAGCUCCGUAGUGGUGCAUUCUGGUAUAUCAUCAGAGAGCGGCCACUACUAUUCCUACGGCCGAAACAUCAAUGGAGCAGAUGGGAUGCAGUGUCCAGGGGGCCUCCCUCCCACCUCAGACGAUUCAGCCAAUGGCCAAGCUGCCAGCAGUCUCUGCACGUCUGAACAAGCUGACGUCUCCGCUCCCAGCGGCCUGGAGGCAAAGGACUGGCUCCUGUUCAAUGACAGCAAAGUGACGUUCACCUCCCUACAGUCGGUCCAGAACAUCACCAACCGCUUCCCCAAGGACACGGCGUAUGUGCUCAUGUACAGGAAACAGGAGCUGCCAGGGUCCGGCCGAAACGAGGGACAAACGGCAAAUGGAAUGAGAGCGAGCGCUGAGCCCCCCCUGCAAAAAGAGCUGCUGGACGCUAUUAUCGAAGACAACAAGCUGUUCCUACAGGAGCAGGAGCUCAGCGCUCGGACCCAAGCUCUGCAGGCCGCCUCCUCUUCAUGCUCCUUCCGACCAAACGGCUCAGAUGACAACAACCCACCAGGGAGCUGUGGCCCAUCUGGAGGAGGGGGAGGAGGUGGGGGAGGCUUCAACACUAUCAGCAGACUGGUGUUCUGAACUGAAACAAACUGCUGUGGAGGCCCCCCAAUGAAUCUGGGCACAGGAGUCCCACCAUGUACAGAAGCAAGAGAACUCACACACACUGGGCAUCAGGACGCGGCUUUGAUCCCUAGAUUUCUUAUAUCCUGAGGAUCUGAUUAAAGUUCAACUUUUUUUAAGCAUCAAAUGAUUUGCAUUGUUUUCUGGUUUCAAAAAAAUGUUUUGUUUUUUUUAAAUAUAUCUUCUCACAAGCUGAAGAAAAUGAAUGAAAUAUUUUUUCUGUAUAUUCUUCACACUCAGAUGUUUCAUUAUAAUUUCUCAGUCUGUGGUAGAACUGCUGUGGGAUGUGGGUUUCGUCCACAAGCUUCUCUUCAUAGAUUGCUGGAGCUCAUUCCUCCUGACAGAACUGGUGUAACUGGGCCAGUUUGGUAAGCUGCCGAGCUCAAACCUGCUGUGCAAGUUCUGAGACCAGAACCUGGUAAUGGAAGCUCCGAAUUUGGCUUUGGAAGACAGCCGAGUUUCAGCUUUUUGGCCAACGUCCAUUU